AUGUUGGAAGAAAAAAUGAAUGAGGAGUAUAGUACAUUUCAGGACGAAUGGGCUGAAAAAUUCGCCUUUGUGGAGAGAGCAGUGUGUGCGGUGUUUGAGGAUCUUCCGAACAAAAAUAACAUAAUAAAACGGACACAAGAUAUGCCUCUGUCGGCUAAAACUGUUCAUGAGCGUACCAUCAUGAUGGCAACGCACGUGGAACAAACGCAAGUGAAAGACAUAGAAGCAGCCUCUUUCUUUUCUCUGGCUUUGGAUGCUGUGAUUGCAAGAUAUGCUGCUGGUGAUACACUACGCGAAGAAAGUCUUGCUGUUUUGCCAAUAAAAGGGUCCACAAGAGGUAAGGUCGCCGGCCGCGACCGCAGUCGCAACAAAGGCGGAAGCUUCUUAGCGGACAAAUCUAGUACCCACCAUCAGCUCCCCAUGCUUGGUGCCGACCCCACGGAGGUAUUGGCGAUUUCCCUCGACAUUGGCUCGGUGCCGCUAACCGUCUUGAACAUCUACAUCCCUCUAAUCUCCAGUUGUCCCCCUGGUUUCACCACCUCCAUUGCUCCCCACUUACCUUCUGGAGACAGUUUGGUGUUA